AUGGCUGUCGGGAUCCUGCCGGGCCAGGUCAACGGCUGGCCUCCGAAAUGUAGCUUCGACUCGGACACAGACUCGACCUAUCCGCCUCUCCACACUCCACCCUCGCCUUUGAGCGCCUUUAACGACUCGUUCGGAGCCUCCCUCUCGUUUCAUGAAACGCUCUCACAAACCUCGGCCUCGGCCCAUCCAAUUGGACCCAUGCCGGAGUCUCGGUUUUCACAGCCAUUCUCCCCGACGGCAGACGGCUAUGUCGCCCGCUCCGACUUUUUGCGACUCCGUCUCCAAGAUUUUCCCUUCUCCAUCUCCAAGAUUCAAGAAUGCGUAGCUGCGCCCAAGAAGUACACGGCAUGCAGGUUGUCCUCGUCGUCCGUCAACUCGGAGGACGGAUUGGCCAAUCUCAUCGAGCAGGCAGCGGCCGUCAUCCAAUGGGGUGACCUGGAAGCCUCGGUCUCCAUCCUCAACCUCCAGCACUACCUUCUCGGACUCACCCACGAGCUGCGGGAUCGUCUCAACAAUGCCCCCUGGCUCACCCCGCACCCUAUCCCUCGCAAGCGGCUCGCUCUGAUAAGAGGCCGACCCAACCUCACCGCCGGCGGGCCCAUCUACCGCGCAGCCCGCGCCCUAAACCUCGACCUUGUCAUCAUCGAUGACGAAGGCCACUGGCUACAGCCCGAUACCGACGACAACCGCUUGCACCGCGAGGGCUUCAUUGCGACUGACAUGACCGAAGACGCAGGGGUCGCCGACCGCAUUAUCGCCUCCAUCAAGCGCUAUCCGCUCCCGAUUCACGGCGUCUUCACCGUGUCUGACAAUUUUUUCGUCACAGCUGCCCGCGUCGCCGACGCCCUCGGCCUCUCCACGAACCCCGUUUCCGCCUUCGAAACCUCGGUUGACAAGUACCGCUCUCGCCUCCUGCAAGACGCACCAGGCCACACCGCGCGGGUAACCAGCGUCGAGGAGCUGAACACCCUCCUAACCGCCCCCGCCAACGGCAACGCCGCCUUCACCCCCAUCUACCCGCUCAUCGUCAAGCCCACCAAAGGCUGGUCCUCCGAAUGCGUCAGCAAAGUCUCCACCCCCGCCGACCUGGCCCUCGCCGUCCAAAAAGCCACCUCCCGCCACGGCAGCGCGGCCGUCAUCGAGCCCUUCUUCGACGGCCCCGAAAUCGACGCCAACUUUGUCCUCCUCGACGGCGAGAUCCUCUUCUGGGAGGUGGCCGACGAGCCCCCCUGCCAGGCCGACCGGCGCGACGCCAGCGUGCAGGACACCUUCAGCCCGGAGGCCCUGACCCUGCCCAGCGCCCUACCCGAGCGCGAGCAGGCCGUCGUCCGCGACACCCUCCGCGACCUGCUCGUGCGCGCCGGCUUCCGCACCGGCGUCUUCCACGUCGAGGCCCGCGUCGUCCACUCCGCCUGCGAGUACCGCGACGUCGGCGGCGGCGUGGUCGACCUCGCGCGCAAGGACGGCGGCGGCGCAGACACGGGCGAUAAGGUCGCCUGCAAGCUGAUCGAGAUCAAUGCGCGCCCGCCGGGCUACCGCGUCAGCGUGCCGUCGCGCCACACGUACGGCGUCGACUUCUUUGCGCACAUGCUGGCCGCGUAG